AUGGCCGGGUCGCGAUCCCAUAGUCGCAAUGUCUCGCAAACACGAUCUACGGCUGGAGAUGGUGACGACGGUGUACUUGGAGCAGUGCUCGACACACGUCAGCUCGAGGCAUUUGGCCGUAAAGUGACUGCGACCGCCACUCACCUUAUGGGCGACUCCUCUGCCCAAGCCUAUCCUUCUGCCAUUGGCACCCUCCAGAGACAGAUGCGUCGACCAGCUAUACAAAGGGCCGUAUAUUCCUUUUCGCAACAAGCACCAACAGAACUGGUCCGUGCCAGACUCUCUACCAGUGAGAUCGCACAUCGUGCCUUAACAUUUAUCUCGGAUGAACAACUGUACAAUAUCCCCGAGGACGAUAAUAGCUAUUCCCUGUUUCAGGGCUUCCAAGCCUCUUUACCAGAAGGCGAAAGUGAGCAUCGAAAGGGACAUCGGCGGCGGAGCUCUAAACAGCACCGACUUUUGAGUGCAGGCGAUGUGGAAGAAGAUGGUCCGCCAACUAUUCAGAACUUGAAGAAAAAAAGGAACAAUGUCAACCACAAAUUGGAAAUGAUGGCUAUUCGAAAGAACAUGGCUUCUACCGAGAUUCGUGAUAUCGACAACAAGAUCGCCAAUUUACACAGCGUCAGGAAAAUCGUCCUGGAUCGUUUAGCUGCAUUAGAAAAUGAUGAAGCCGAGGUCGAGCAUGAACUCCUGGAGUUGGACAACAAGAUCGAUGAAAUGCAGGAAGAGCUCGAAGAACAAGGUGCUUUGGGUCAAUCCACUAGCACCCUCAAUCCUCCCCGUGUUGCCACCCCCGAGUCUGAAGCAAUGGAUGCCUCCUUCAUGUCUCAGUCAAUCUAUGAAAAACUACCUGCCACAUCUUCACCAAAAUCGAAGCGUCGGCCAACAUUUGCUAAGCGCAAGUCUAUGCCUGUGCUGCAUGAACACCUCGAGCCGGGCUCACAUAUAAAAACUCUUCCCGCCCAUAAUGAUACCAUUUCCGCCAUGGAUUUCGACCAGCCAUUCGGGACCAUGGUUACCGCAUCAUUGGAUGACACAGUGCGUGUUUGGGACCUUAAUCUUGGCCGCUGCAUGGGCUUCUUGGAAGGUCAUACCGCCUCAGUCAGGUGUUUACAAGUCGAAGACAACAUUGUCGCUACUGGUAGUCUCGAUGCUACGAUUCGUCUUUGGGAUCUUAGCCGUGCAAAGUAUGAACCGUACGAGCAUAAAAUAUCGAAUGGAGACGACGAUGGUGCAGAUGAUGACGAUGAUGGAUUGGGUUUCGGCAAUGAGGGUGAAGAUGCUCCACCGCCUCCACCGCCAGAGGCCAUGUCAGAAUGUCCUCUGUUCACGCUUGAAGCCCAUGUUGAUGAAGUGACUGCUCUCCAUCUAAGAGGCGACACUCUGGUCUCGGGUUCUGCUGAUAAAACACUUCGUCAGUGGGAUCUCGUCAAAGGCCGCUGCGUUCAGACCUUAGAUGUUCUCUGGGCUGCAGCCCAGGCUUCUUCCACCAUGAAUUCCACUGAAUCACAGUGGCGCCCUACUGGUCGAUCUGCGGAUUCAGGUGCUGACUUCGUGGGCGCCCUGCAAGUCUUUGAUGCCGCUUUAGCUUGUGGGACAGCUGAUGGGAUGGUCAGGUUGUGGGAUUUGAGAAGUGGUCAAGUUCACAGGAGCCUCGUGGGACAUACAGGCCCCGUUACUUGUGUGCAAUUCGAUGAUACUCAUCUCAUCACAGGUAGUGCUGAUCGAAGUGUCAGGAUAUGGGACCUUCGCACCGGAACCAUCUUCGACGCUUACGCAUAUGAUAACCCCAUUACAUCUAUGAUGUUCGAUGCACGACAUAUUGUCUGCGCCGCUGGAGAGGAUGUCGUCAAAGUGUACGACAAGACUGACAGCAGGCAUUGGGAUUGUGGCGCCGGGGUAACCACCUCGAUUGAAGACACGAUGGCUGGUGCCAAAACAAGCAUCGUGGAAAAAGUCAGACUCCGAGAUGGUUAUCUCGUAGAGGGACGCCGAAGUGGCGAAGUGGGUGUAUGGACUUGUUGA